AGUUGUCUGACACUAGAAUCUAGAUUUGAAGCACGAAAAAACCAGAAAAAGUGAAAUUUUGUUUUAUUUCGUCAUAAAUUUUUCAAAAAUUUGUGAAAUUAUUUAACAAUUACAUCCUCACUAUAUACGUGACAAUGAAUUCAAUAUUAAGAAGAAACGUUUUGCCAAUUUGUAACCACACAUUCAAGUUAUCUUCUCGUUUAUUUGCGGAUGUGCCGAUCAACGAUAAAAUUGAUAAAAUGGUAAAAAACAACAAAGUAGUCGUUUUUAUGAAGGGUGUUCCCGACGCCCCAAGAUGUGGUUUCAGCAACGCAGUUGUUCAAAUAAUGAGAAUGCAUGCCGUACCAUAUGAAAGUCAUGAUGUUUUGGCCGACGAGAAUCUCCGACAAGGUAUCAAAGAGUAUUCAAACUGGCCAACAAUCCCACAAGUUUUUAUCAAUGGAGAAUUUGUUGGUGGCUGCGACAUCAUGCUGCAGAUGCACCAGUCUGGAGAACUUGUCGAGGAGUUGAAGAAAGUUGGAAUCAAAAGUGCAUUGUUAACAGCAGACGAAGCCAAAAAAGAAAGCAGCAAGUAACGAGUACAUAGUUAUUUUAAUUUUUUGAUAAGUAGAUACACAGUACAAUUACUUUUGUUUACAACAUAGCAAGUACUAAGUAGCAGCAAUCCUAAUAAUUAUUAUACUCUUAAUAGCUGGAAUUCAAAACUCCUGAACUUAUAAAAGUGAGAUAGAACUAUUAAUUAAAGUUCUGUAGCUCAAUUAUGGAAUCCAGAUUUCUAGGUCUCACAUUUGGAAAAUCAAUCCAGAGGUAUUUGGCUUUUAUACACUUGAAUUUUUAUGAUAUUGUGUAAAUCAGAGAUUCGAGAUAUAUAAAGAAAAUUGUGUAAGAGAACAAUUUAGCUUUCUGGUACAAUGCUGUGUAGAAAUCAAAGGGGUUCAAUAAAAACUGCUAUACUUCUUCCAGGUUAGCCCGCUUCCAUCUUAGACUGCAUCAUCACUUGCCACCAGGUGAGAUAGCAGUAAGGGGCUAACUUGUAUCUGAAAAAAAGAUUCUCAAGAAUAAAGAAAAUAAGUAAUUAAAAAAAAAUGCUAUACUCACUGUUAUAGUAAUGUAUUUGCAAUACUUUACAUGAGUGUAACAUACUCGUAAAGUCUAAAGCAUACAAUACACAGUUGCAUCAUACUCAAACAACAGUGUAUCUACAGAUCUGUUGUAAUACUUGUAACUUGCUUGUUAGGGUUCUGUAGUUUGUAGAUUUUUGUUGGUUGUACAUUUAGGAUUAGGACAAGUCCAUUCUGGAGAUUCUAUGACGUAUUUUAUUUGUUGCUUCCUUGCCUAAUUAAUUUUAUACUUGACUAGCCAUGUUGGAAUUUCAUGUCAUUUUCUUUAGGAUUGAUUCAUAUAGACAGCUAAUCAAAGCAAAAUAAUAUAAUUACUGUAUGGAUCUGUAUCUCCACUACAAAAAAAUAUCACAAUCUGCCAAUUUAGGCGCAUGAAUUGAACCUUAGGGGAUGAAUUUUUAAACAUUCUUAGUGCUGACCUAGGUCAUUUACGGAACUGCUUUGCAAAACUUCAUGCUUCUAGACUCCCCAGCUUAAGCUGUGUUGUUUGUCAGUGAGUCACUGUUAGUUUUAUUAGAACCAGUUACAUGAUAGACAGUUAAAGUUACAGUACAGUUAUGGUUAUACCUUUUACAUCAAUAAAAACUAAAGUGAGCUGGUAACUGUAAUUUUAAUUGCCUGUCAUAAUAUUGUACAACUGGACAUAAGUAGAAGAGUUGUUCCUAAGUUAGAAGCGAAACCUUAGCAAAAUCUGUUUUAAGUGUUAUGACUGAUGAAUGGUGAUGUUUUGAUAGUGUAAUGUUAUAGGACUCUUCAUUCAUCAUAUUUUGUAAAUCUCCAUAACCUAUGAUGUGUACACCUAUAAUAUAAUAUAUUAUUAUAAUAUGAAUAUUAUUUAUGAUAAUUAGUCAAAUAUCAGCUAUGUACAAUACAAUCUGAAUAUAUGUAAUGUUGCUAAUAGAAAAACACCAUAAUAUAUUUAUAUAUCGUAAAUUAUUGUGCACCUAUCUGUUUAUUAGGUGCUAUAAUGUAUUAUACUUUUUGAAUAUUAAAUAAAAGAAAGAUUUGUUUAA